AUGUCGCGAAAAGAAGAGUUGUCACAAUUGCCUGAUCAGAGAAUAUGUCAGGAUGAAAAACGAAGCAUCGAUAUCUCUUCCAAGGCUGAUGCGGUAGCCAACGAAGCCCAGAAGAGUUCAGGAGGCUAUCUUCGCAUCUUCAAAUAUGCUGACCGUACGAGCUGGACGCUUAAUUCUAUCUCAUUCCUUGCUGCCAUCGGUGCAGGAACACUUUUACCACUAAUGGACCUCGUGUUUGGUAAAUUUGUCACAACAUUUACCGGAUUUGCAACUGGAUCAACCACUCCUGAAAAAUAUAGGUCUGAAGUCAACAAAUACACACUGUACUUUAUAUAUCUAUUUGUUGCCAAGUUUGGUCUUGUGUACAUACACUCGGUUGGAAUUUCCAUCUCAGCUAUACGAACCACCAAAGCGCUUCGCAUCGACUUUAUCAAAUGUAUUUUGCGGCAGAACAUCGCGUAUUUCGAUUCUAGCGAGGCCGCUUCUGUCACGACGCAAGUUACUACGAACGGGAACAACGUCAACAACGGGAUCUCUGAAAAACUUACUUUGAUAAUCCAGGGUAUCUCCACGUUUGUGACAGCCUUCAUUGUUGCCUUUGCAAUUCAAUGGAAGCUCACUUUGAUCACGUUGAGUAUUGUCCCUACUAUCAUCGUCGUGGUUGGGAUUUGCGUGGGGCUCGAUGGCAAAAACGAGAAGAAAGUGCUUGCGAUUUAUUCGGAUGCUGGAUUACUUGCAGAAGAAGUUUUUUCAACAGUCCGGACAGUCCAUGCCUUUUGGUUGAACCCUUUGCUAUCACGCAAGUAUGAGGCCUUCUUGGACGCAGCCAUGACCGAGGGGAUGAAGAAAUCUCCUAUCUAUUCGGUUCUUUUCUCAACAGAGUUCUUCUGCGUCUACUCUGGCUAUGGGCUUGCAUUCUGGAAAGGUAUCCGGAUGUAUGCCAGCGGUGAAAUCAAGGAAAGUGGCGACGUCUUUGUCGUUAUUCUUGCGGUCAUUGUCGCGGCAACUGCCAUGACGACCAUUGCGCCGCAGAUUGUUUCCUUAGUGAAAGCAUCAUCCGCGGCCGACGAGAUGUUCACGACAAUUGAUCGAAAGUCGGAGAUUGAUCCUUUGAGCGAUCACGGCAUUAUACCAACAACAUGCCGUGGACGAAUUGAUAUCGAGAAUGUUGUAUUUUCGUACCCUGCCAGACCCGACAUCACGGUCCUGAAAGGCCUCACCUUGACAGCCCCUGCCAACAAAACAACUGCUCUAGUGGGCGCAUCUGGGUCGGGAAAAUCUACUAUUGUUGGCCUGUUGGAGCGAUGGUAUGACCAGCUUAGUGGCACCGUAUCUUUCGACGGCACAGACAUUCGUGAACUGAACCUGACUUGGCUACGGACUAAUGUUCGGCUGGUACAACAAGAGCCAGUCUUGUUCUCCGGUACAGUCUACGAGAACAUCGUCUAUGGAUUACUGGGAACCGAAAAAGCUACCCUUCCACAACAAGAGCAACGUGCUCUUGUGGAGAAGGCGUGCAAAGAUGCAUACGCUUCCGAGUUCAUUGAGCAAUUGCCUCAAGGUUACAAUACCGUCUUGGGCGAGCGAGCCACAAAUCUUUCUGGUGGACAAAAACAGAGACUCGCAAUUGCACGCAGUAUUGUUUCCCAGCCUACCGUGUUACUCCUCGACGAAGCGACGAGCGCUCUGGAUCCAAAGGCCGAGAAGAUCGUCCAAGAAGCCCUGGACAGAGUCUCACGAGAUCGCACAACAAUCGUUAUUGCUCACAAGCUGUCGACCAUUCGCAAUGCUGAUAAUAUCGCUGUUAUAGGUGAUGGCGUUGUCCUCGAACAGGGCACACAUACAGAUCUUCUUGAGCGCGGUGGUGCUUAUGCUCGCCUCGUAAGGGCCCAAGAUCUUGGUCAAACUACAGACAAUUCGCAGGGUGACGGAGACGAGACUUCAAGUCGGGCGUCUCUUGUACGCACCCAGACCCAAGCGUCCACAGUCAACAAGGCCAAUCAUGGUCCUGGCCACGAUGUUGUCAACUACAACUUGGUCAAGUGCGCGUACCUUAUUCUAAAGGAGCAAGGCAAUUUAUGGAUGCACUUUGUAGUCCUAGGUGUUGCAGCGCUUUGUGGCGGAGCGACAUACCCUGCGCAAGCCAUUCUCUUCUCACGUGUGGUUGAAGCCUUUCAGCUCCCAGCUGCACAAGCAGUCGACCAAGGCGACUUCUACGCUCUCAUGUUUUUCGUCGUUGCUUUAGGAAACCUGGUUCUAUUCGCAGUGAUUGGCUAUCUUUCUAACAUUAUUGCGCAACAUGUUUCGCGAGAAUAUCGACACGAAAUGUUCAAUCUCAUCCUCAAGCAGGACAUGGCAUUCUUCGAUGAUGCAGCCAACGCAAGCGGCGCAUUAGCAUCUAACCUAUCAAGCUACCCGACAAAUCUCUAUGAACUAAUGGGCUUCAAUCUCAUGCUCAUCUUUAUAAAUAUUGUCAACGUACUUUCGAGUUCCAUUCUGGCCAUUGUGGUCGGGUGGAAGCUUGGUUUGGUUGUGGUAUUUGGAGCUUUGCCACCUUUGCUAUUUUCCGGAUAUCUCAGGAUUCGUCUUGAAUUCAAGCUAGAGGAUCUCAAUGGCAAGAGAUUUGCCAGUAGCGCUGCUAUGGCCUCUGAAGCGGUAUCGGCUAUUCGCACUGUGUCAAGUCUUGCCCUAGAGCGACACGUUCUCAACAUGUAUGAGAGUCGCCUACAAGGCAUCGCCCAGAACGGCUUAAAGGCCUUGAUAUUUACCAUGUUUUGGUAUGCUUUAACGCAAUCAAUAUCAUUCCUUGCCAUGGCUCUCGGCUUCUGGUAUGGCGGCCGUCUUAUCAGUUACGGAGAAUAUACUACGACACAGUUUUUCACGGUUUUCAUUGGUGUCAUCUUCUCCGGGGAGGCCGCCGCUGCUUUCUUCUCGUACACCACAAGCCUGACAAAAUCCGCCACUGCUGCUAAUUAUCUUUUCGGCCUACGACGGUUAAAGCCAGCCGUCCAAGAAGACCCAGACAAGCCACCUUUCGACCAUGAGCGGGACAAAGGUCCUGCACACGUUGAUAUUCAGGAUGUCACAUUCGCCUAUGAAUCAAGGCCGAACUCGAAUGUCCUUCAGAACAUUAGCGUCGAUGUGAAACCUGGUCAAUAUAUCGCAUUCGUAGGCGCUUCCGGCUGUGGCAAGUCGACCAUGAUAUCACUGCUGGAACGUUUCUACGAUCCUAGAUCUGGUCGCAUCACAUGUAAUGAUCGCCCGCUCAUUAACCUUUGUCCACGCAAAUAUCGACGAGAAGUAUCCCUCGUACAACAGGAGCCUGUUCUUUAUCAAGGUUCAGUACGAGACAACAUUGCUAUGGGCUUGGAAACCGAUGUUACGGAUGCUCAGAUCAAAGCUGUAGCUCGAGACUCCAAUAUCUCCGAGUUCAUCGCGUCUCUUCCCGAUGGACUUGAUACUCUGUGUGGUAGUAGAGGCACCCAACUAUCAGGUGGCCAACGCCAACGUAUCGCCAUCGCUAGAGCUCUUAUCCGCGAACCGCGUCUGCUUCUUCUGGACGAAGCCACGUCUGCUCUAGACACAGAGUCCGAGAAAGUUGUACAGGCGGCCUUGGAGGUAGCGAAAAGUGGGCGCACAACAAUCGCAGUCGCUCAUCGUCUCAGUACUAUCAAGGAUGCUGAUCUGAUUGUUGUUUUCGCUCGUGGUCGAAUUGUCGAGAGUGGCACGCAUCAAAGACUCCUCUCCAAGAAGGGCAUGUAUUAUGAGAUGUGUCAAGGGCAGAGUUUGGACCGGAGUGUCCCGGUAUAG